GAGCUGCCGCCGGGCGCAGAUGUCAUGUGAAAGCGCACAUGCUCUGCCGGCCGCGCAGCCCUCCCCGCGCUGCUUUCCGCGCCUGCUUUCUUAACGGCGUUGUUGCCUUUUUCCACGCGGCUCCUCGCCCCCUCCCUCCCCUUCUUCGCGCCUGAGGAGCCGCCGCCGCUGCCCGCGGGACCCCCCGAGCCCUCGCGGCGCCGGCGGUGGCGGCGGGGCGGCCGCAGCGCGCCCGGCGCAGGGCAGCCGCGGAGCCGCUCCGCGCCGCCGCCCGCGGAGGGAUGGUGUCGCCGGCGGAGCAGACCCGCUCCGGCUGCCGCCUCCGCGCGUGCUGAGACGGGAUUUCUGUGCUAGGGCGCCCGGGCUCCCAGCUUCAUGACUGCGCGCAGCGGGGAGUCGCCAACACCAUGCGAGCGCAAAUUGAAGUGAUACCAUGCAAAAUUUGUGGAGAUAAGUCCUCUGGAAUACACUAUGGAGUCAUCACAUGUGAAGGCUGCAAGGGAUUCUUUCGGCGGAGUCAGCAGAACAAUGCCUCUUACUCCUGCCCAAGGCAGAGAAACUGUUUAAUUGACAGAACCAACAGAAAUCGUUGCCAACACUGCCGGCUGCAGAAGUGUCUUGCCCUGGGAAUGUCUCGAGAUGCUGUGAAAUUUGGAAGAAUGUCCAAAAAGCAGAGGGAUAGCCUGUACGCUGAAGUGCAGAAGCACCAGCAGCGACUGCAGGAGCAGCGGCAGCAGCAGAGCGGCGAGGCCGAAGCCCUCGCCAGGGUUUACAGCAACAGCAUCAGCAACGGCUUGAGCAACCUGAAUAACGAAACCGGUGGCACUUACUCCAACGGGCACGUCAUCGACCUGCCGAAGUCUGAGGGUUAUUACAAUGUGGAUUCUGCCCAGCCUUCCCCGGAUCAGUCUGGGUUAGACAUGACUGGAAUCAAACAGAUAAAGCAGGAACCUAUCUAUGACCUCACUUCUGUACCAAACUUGUUUACCUAUAGCUCUUUCAACAACGGGCAGUUAGCUCCAGGAAUAUCCAUGGCUGAAAUAGAUCGAAUUACACAGAAUAUCAUUAAAUCUCAUUUGGAGACAUGUCAAUAUACAAUGGAGGAACUACACCAGCUAGCAUGGCAGACUCACACGUAUGAAGAAAUUAAGGUUUACCAGAGCAAGACGAGAGAAGCUCUGUGGCAGCAGUGUGCCAUCCAGAUCACUCACGCCAUCCAGUACGUGGUGGAGUUUGCGAAGCGGAUAACCGGCUUCAUGGAGCUCUGCCAGAAUGACCAAAUCCUACUCCUUAAGUCAGGCUGCUUGGAAGUGGUUUUGGUGAGAAUGUGCCGUGCCUUCAACCCACUCAACAAUACUGUUCUGUUUGAAGGAAAGUAUGGAGGGAUGCAAAUGUUUAAAGCCUUGGGUUCUGAUGAUCUGGUGAAUGAAGCGUUUGACUUCGCAAAGAAUUUAUGUUCCUUACAGCUGACUGAAGAGGAGAUUGCCUUGUUUUCAUCUGCUGUUCUGAUAUCGCCAGAUCGAGCCUGGUUAAUAGAGCCAAGGAAGGUCCAAAAGCUUCAGGAAAAAAUUUACUUUGCACUUCAACACGUGAUCCAGAAGAACCACCUUGACGACGAGACUUUGACGAAGUUAAUAGCCAAGAUACCAACCAUUACUGCACUUUGCAACUUGCACGGAGAGAAACUACAGGUAUUUAAACAAUCUCAUCCAGAUAUAGUGAACACACUGUUUCCUCCAUUGUAUAAGGAGCUUUUCAAUCCAGACUCUACCACUGGCUGCAAGUGAAGGGGAAGACAAAAUUGUCACAUAGUCAUGGAAUGCAUCACUGUUAAGACAAAAGAAAUGUUUUCAUGAAGAACUUAUUAAAAAUGUCACUACUGCAACACUAGGAAUGUCCUGCACUUAAUAGAAUUAUUUUUCACCGCUACAGUUUGAAGAAUGUAAAUAUGCACCUCUGAGUGGGGUUCUUUUUUUUUCUUUUCUUUGUUUACUUUUUUUUUUUUAACUGACCAUGAAUAUACAAAUAUAGGACACUGGGUGUUACCUUUUUUUAAUUUUAUUUUAUUGGGGUAUGUUUUGGGAGACAACUGUUCAUAGAAUUUUAUUGUAGAUAUAAAUGAGAAUAGAGCAGUACUUUGCAGUAUUACUCUUGCUGUUUAUUGUUCAAAUAUAAUUUAAGAAAAUUCCAUUUAUUAGACUUGCCUAUUUCUUGUUUUUAGAUAGUUUAAUGCAUGUGGAAAUUUGUAGCUGUCUUGGAAAUUAUUGUGCAUGUAUGGAAUACACAUAUAAAUAUGUAUAUGUGCUAUAUACAUAUAUAUAUAUGUAUAUAUUAUAUGCAUACAUGCUGUAGCUUAAAAAUCCCAUGCCUACUUUCAAAGGAUGCUCAGCCAGGCUCUCAUGCAUUUCUUACUCUCCAAAUAAUAUGUUAGAUUUACUUUGGGCAAUCAAGAUUUACUUUGCCAGCCAGAGUUAAAUCAUCAACUGCCGAUGUAUAAUGACAGGAUCACUUCUGAGACGUAUAAUGUAGUGCAUGUGUGCAGUCUGUAAAUGGAACAUCAGGAAUGUAUCGAUGGUGCAAAAGCCUUGUCUGGAUGAUUCCAGUGGAGAGAGGAAAGGUUUUUUUGGAAUUUGCUCCGUUACAGGGAUAGAGCAUAUACAAAAGUGAACAUGGUAGGACCUGAUGUCAGUAAGGUACCUAAAACACAGAGUAAAAAUGUAGACUAUCCUACCCUUACAUUUUUCUGAUUUGACAAAAGGUUUUAUUCUAUACAGAAGUAGUUGCAAGGCUUGUUUGGUUUUUGCUGAAAUCAAUGGUAAUCUCAGAGAAAACCAUAGGAAGCCUAAAAUGUAGCUCUGAAGAGUAGCAGCCACAGGGAAGGAAGGAAGGGAAGAGGAAAGACAAAGUGAGCAAAGACCAUGGUUACAAAGGCAACCACAACUAUCACUAGAUAUGACAUAGCCAUCAUCUAGAUGGGCCGAUGGUUUCCAUUCUACAUAUAUAUAUAAAAAUGUAUAUGUAUAUAUACACAUAUGGUUGAUUUUAUGUGCACUUCAGGAGGGGAGCAAAGGAUCAGGGAUUUCUUUUUGUCUGUCUCUGAGUUGACUUUGUUCAUUUUCUUGCAAAACCAAAGGCCAGCACAGAGCUAGGUCUGAUCUGGAAACAUGCAGGUGUAGAUUGGAUUGCAAUUGCCAUCAUCGCUUCAACCCUGGCACAUUCUGAUACAUGGUUUUGAUUUAUAUCUAUAUAGAUUACAGAGCACAUACUGAGCAAAGGGGAGUGGAAGAAUGCCACAGGUUUAAUCUUGUGAAUUAAUUAAAUUUAAUUAGCAGUCAUGACUAAUGUAUCUGGAUGCUGCCAGAGCCACAAACCAUAGACUUUCUACCUAUGGAAGAGCAGGGGUUCAGCUUCCCCCACGACUCUGUCCUUACGACCCUUUUAUCCUGAGGAAGCUUUUCCAGAGAAGUCUUCUUCAGGGACUCCAGCGGAGGCUGUAGAGCAGAAAUCAUUGGAAGCAGGCAGUAGAGAAGAGAUGAUCUGAAGGCAGGACUUACAAGCAGAUGUAUUUUUUUAUUUCAAAUCUCAUAGAAGUCAAUGCAGUCUGAGGUACAGCAAGGAGGAGGACACUCAGGGAGGCUGAAGGACCUGCUGUGUGCAGGGUUUUGCGGCACAGCAGUGCCAUGGGAGCCCACAGGGGCACAGCUGGCCCAGGGCACAAGCAGAAACACGGGGUUGUUGCCGUGAUAGCUUAAUGCCUCCAGCUUUUCCAGCAGACCCACACAGCUCUCGUGUCCAUCUUCCGUCCCUCUUUCUGCAGGACCAAAUAAUUCACAGUGUAUUUUAUAAAGUUUCCCCUUGUCCUCCAUCAACUGAUUUACGUGUUUACAUGACACAUUUCAUGACAGCAUCUACUCUAGACAACACCAACAGUUUUGUUCUGUUCUUUCUUCUUAGCAAUCCCUUAGAUACAACAGCAGUCAUAAACCCUCAACUCUAUAGAUGUUUCUCUGAAAGUCCAUUUCAGCCUCAAGAAAAAAAAGCACAGCACAGUCAGUUGUGCUGAGAAUAAUUUUAUUGUAAACGUGACAACAUCUGCAAAAUUACAUAAUGCUGUACAAGGGCAAUUUCUAAAAUACUUGUUUUACUCCAAAUUCAGGGCACAUUUCCUGAUCUCUACUAAUUACAUUAAAAUGUCUUCAGUUAACAUAGAUAAGAAUGCAUUACUGUUGAUGCUUCUUUAUACCACCUAAACUCUAAAAUGGCAACAUUUUAUAAGGUGAUUUGUCUUUUUGCAUCUUUUACAUGGCAAGUCUGUGAAUAGGACCACAAACUCCACCUCUUUCUAAUUUCAGAAAAGUUAAUUAGCUGUACUUAUUCAUGGCCUACGUGCAGGCAUUUGGAAAAAAAGUCAAGUCAAACUGAACAUUAGAAGAGCUCAUUUUUGAUUGCUAGGGCUUAAUACCUACCUUGUAAUUUCCAAACACAAGGACACACAGAUAUAUAUUUAUUUCAAAUCCUUUUUAAAUUGUUUUGGUAUGUUAGAAGUAGCAUAUUUAGCCAGCCUACAAAAAUAUAAAUAGAUUAUAUGUAUUUCUGUCCUUAGUGUUAGUAAAUAAAGAAGUUUUGUUGUGUUCAUAUAUGUCCCUCGCUGUUAUGUGCUGCUUCUUGAAAAUAUUUUAUUCUUUCCAAAUCAUAUAUCAAUCCUUAGGAUUUCUGACUUGUGUCUUAGGCAAGAUGACUGAAUGCAGAUGACCAGUGAAAAAGACAUUGUUUAUUCUUUACCCAUAGUACUUUUCAUCCUUAAAGCACUUACUAAUCACUGCAACCUAUUCUGUAAAUUCCAGCCUAUUCCAUAAAUAAGGAUUAUUGUCCUUUUUUAAAGAUAAGCAUAUGAAGGCAAAGAAGUUAAAUGACUUGCUAAGGACCACAGAGAAAGCAGUGUCCCAUCUUGGGUUGAAAGUGGAUUCUUGCCUCCUGGUCCUAAAAUCUUUAAGCUACAAAAUCUUCAUUGUCGUUAACAGGCAAUAGUCUGUAUAAACAAUUACGAAUGUUGACAAUCAAUCAAAUUAUUAGCUUCAAAUAAUGUUAAUUAUGAACAGCUUUUUCUGCUUUUGUUACAACUUUAAAGAAUUUGAGCAAUUAAUCCUGUUGUUUAUUUGGAGAAUAAAAAUUCAUUCUCAUACAUUAUUUGUGGUAACUAAGGUUGAUAAAUUUUGUUUAAUUUUCUGUGAUUUGGGACUGGCUACAUAAGUAGAGUAGAACUUUUUUCUGCCACUUCAUUGACUGACUAUAGAACAACAAAUAACUGUCAUACACUAUGGGCUGGAAUUUUGUUGUUUUUGAUAUAUGGCCAUUUAUACUCAAAUUUUCAAAUUCCGGAGGUUGGGUUUCUGAUGUUUGGAUCCUGAUAUUGAAGUUAUCCAUUAGACUUUAAACAAUAAAACAGCACGAGUCCCAAUAAUUAGCAGCAUAUUCCACUCAGAAAAUUCAUUUCAGAAAAUAUUAGUGCUGCACUUUAUUUCUUACUGGCUUUCCUUAGUCCAUACUAGUAUCUGAAAUCCUUCAAUUAAAUCUCUAGAGCUAAAAUUUGUCACAUCUGCUCUGUAGUAAUUGCUAAUGUUUGUUGACUUUUUAGCCACAAGCUCUUCAAAUGGGACGUAUUUUUCAAUAAUUAACCCCAGAUUUUUAACAAAUAAAGAUUUAAAAUAUAUAUUGAAUCUUCUACUUCUAGCAUUGUUUGCAGAUAACUCAACCAUGUUGAUCUAAAUUAUCCUUGGUGUCAAGCAGGCAGAUGUAGACUGUUCAUUACACUACCACAGGGACUUAAUUUUGGUGUAAAUGUCACUCUUGCCAGCUCUUUGUAUAAAGAAUUAAUUCCAAGAGUCAUAUUUUCUUUUAAUGGAAAGAUUGCUUUAGUGAUUGCUAGAAAAACAGGGUAAUAGAAGGCACUCAGCUGAACCAACUUGUUUCCAAAAGCUAUAUAUAUUUUAUGAUUGGUUUGUGAUAGGCAACAUUUAGGAUCUGAUUCUGAAAGUUGUCAGGCUCCCUGAGCUCUAACUAGAGCUGUUAAAAUUGGAGGCAUCUCAGCACCACACAGAAGGUGCUCAACCCCUCGUAAAGUCAGAGGCCCUCAGCAUUAGGAGGUCCCCUUUGAGCUUUGUGGAGCACAAGUCAGAUGUUGUCCUCAUACUUGCUUUUUAAUGCUUUUGCUUUGCGCUUCGUGUUGUUCAUUUCAGCUUCAUUUCACAGAGGCCAAUUUAUUUUCUGUGUUGAGUCUUGGGCACCAGCGUUGGCUCGGUGCACGUAUCUGAGGGUAGGGUGUCGCAGGUGGGGCAGCUACAGGACUUGUCCGUGAAUGUGAGCUUCGCUACGUGGUUGUCUUUGCUCCCAUGGGAGUAGCUUGCGCAGAUGUAUGUUUCCCUGUAGGUUAGUUUUGCAGGGAUUUCUGCCCCAACAACUUUUACACAAAGAGGAUGCAAAGCUUUUCUCUCACGCUGUCCUCUCACCCUCCCACCGCCAGGCUGUGAGAGCUGCUCCGAGACGGUGGCGUCUCCGAGCAGUUCGCUGAGCAGCCCAGAGCCGUGCAGCUGAUGGCUCCUGUCCCCCCAUAUCUUUCUCCCCUCCUGUAAAGCUGUGCUACAAAGCACAGCCGAAAGGCGUUCAGGCUCCCACCAUCUUCCUUCCUCCCAACUAUUUUUGUGUUGAUGAUGCUGUUUCCAGUAUAGGCAAUAUCUGACCUGGAAGAUUGGUUCCUGUUUUUAGAGUUGUCUAUUGGACAUCCCAGGAACAUAGCACCGGGCAACAAGAUCAAAAUGAAACACCAGUCUUUUUGGUCCAAAUGCAUUGUGUCUAGAUAUAUGUGUUGAAAUGGAAACCUGAGACAGAACAGCUUUCUUUUCCCUGACACUAACGAAAUAGAGUAUUUAUAGUUACCUAUGUAUCCCAGCACUUUCUGCCUCCACUCUGAAGACUAACUACUGUCUCUGACAUCCUUUAGGAACAGUGUGUUGGAGACUCGGUCCUCUUUCCUUUAAGUUUCACACUUUGUAAAUGACAAUCACUGCUUGAUGCAGAUGUUGCACUGUAUGCCACUCAGGGAUGUUUCAUUAUUAAAAAUAGCUAUAUAAAUAUAAUGGUAAUAAUAAGGAAGAGAAUGUUAGAGGCUUUGAGGGGCACAGGUUGAGCUGCUCAAACGAAUGUGACCCAGACAAGGCUUUCAAGCCAGCGAUUAGAACUAACAUUGGUGUAAACUGAAUUCACUGUCAGUGUUUCCUCAGCUUGAUGCAGGACUCACUACACCCGUUGUUUCGCAGUCACUGAAGCAUUUCUGAGCAAUCAGUUUAUGCUUUGAAAGGCCUUUUGGAAGCAAAAUGCAGAUGAGCUCUGUACAAAUUACUGAAUUUAGGCAAUUGACAACAGAAAGUGCAGUUUAAAGGUACUGAGUUUAGGUACCGUUAAUGUGGGUUCAUAUUCAGAACUGCUGCGGGUAUGUAAGAGGAAGGGCUAAGAUAUGGAAUAAAUGACAGCAUGUCAGCUGACAGCCACAGUUUUCUGAAUUACCACAUGGAGAAAUGCCUAUAAAGAGCAAGCAAUAUAAAAUGAACUGGCUAACUGCUAUCCUUUCCUCUCACAGAUGCACCAAGCCAUAACCAUCACUCAGGCCUCUGUAUGGCAUGCCCAGUCCUCUGCUCAUCUCCAGCAAAUGUGCAUAAGACCGCUUUUUAUACCACACUACUGAAAAAUACUCCCAUUUCCUAAUCAUGAGAGGUUUGAAAUGCACUUAUGUUUACCUUUCGCUCUACUCCAAAUGUUGUCAAUAGACCUAUCGUUAUAAGAACAUACACAGAAAGACAGAUUGCAGUGGAUUAUUUUACCAGUCAUUGAGCUGAUGCCAGGUCUCUAACCAAGGGGCUCUCCCCACCCCUGAGCCUGAUUGUUGCCCCUAUCCUCAUAGUGAAUAGGUAUGCUUUUGUGCUCCUUCCAUCUGCUGGAUUUGCUAUACCUAGAAAGCCGGUGGACAACCUCAUCAAGAGGUGGAAAGGAGAGACCAAGACCCCUAAGCAGCAAGGUCCUUAUUGUUUGCCAAGUGUCCUGCUGCAAUUUCAGUUUUCAUCUUUGAGGUUGUCGGGAGCCAUUUCUAAGCAACUGAAAUUCUUGCUAGCAUUUCACUUGCCCCUUAAAAAGAAAAGUCCUCUUAAUCCUUCUAUUUCUCUCCCCUUCUCCUCCUUCUUCCUAAUGAGUGAAGCCUAGAGUGGGAAAUGACUCAUCUUUGGUCCUUCUCAAAGCUGGCUCAGUUUGCAUAAGAGAUGUUGCACUCAGAAGGCAGGAAGCAGGCUCCUCUCUCCUCUCCCUCCCAGCCUGCAUGUCAUGACUGCGUUGUCCCUGCAUGCAUUGUCCCCGUAAGUAGGACUGUAUGACAAUGAGCCAAAACCCCCAGGAAUUUACCAUCCCAGAAAUGGUUUGCAGCAGACCACUUCAGCUUAAAAGCCACUUGCAUAUGCCCUCUAAACUGUAGGCAAAAGCCAUGGUGAAAAGAAUAGGCCCUAAAAUUUCUCCAGUGGUAACUCAAGGACCAGUAACUCCUAAAAAGGCAGUCUGAACAUCCAGCGACACGAUGGAUGUGUCAGUGUCCUCCAAACAACGCUUCCAUUUUGUUUAUGCUGAGAGAAUAAUGAAAUGCACAAAACGCACUUGCAAAGGUGGAAUAGAAACUCAUUUGGGGUCGAAUAUUUCCUGGGUGUUACUGCACACAGCGAGGAUAGUGCUGCUCACAGUGAGUUCACUAACAUGAUGUACUACAAUUACAUAAUUUCAUCAUCCUCACAAUUCAAGCACAGCACACAGGGAGAGUGAAAGAAAACAUCAUUGAAUAUAGCAGCAAUAAAUAAAUUAUAAGUGUUUCUUUGUAACUGUACAUGCAGAAAAUGUUUGCUUUGCACGCGGUCUUCUGUACAAUAAUAUAAAGAAAAAACUUUGUUAAAUGUAGAUAUCACAGUGUUUUUACAUAUUUGUUGGAUUCGCUGGAUGGAGCUGCUAAUUUGUGAUCGAAGAUACUGCUGUUGGGAAAAAUGUAUGUGCUUCAAGAAAAGGCUGAGACCCUUGUUUAUGGCUAUACAUUGGCAACAGUAAAGUAUGUUCAAUAUAAAACUCUGUCUGGACAGAAUUAGAAAAUUGUCUCCUGGUUUUCAAUUUUAUGAUCAUGUUGGUCCCUUAUUAUUUAGGCAACAAAAACUCAACUGCAUUGAAGAACAAGCAGGGCCAGAUGGGCAGCCACAAAGAACAGGCUUUACCUUAAAGUCUGUUCCACUUAAAACCGGCUUAUUUAAAAAAAAGGAGGAAAAAAAAGCACUUAUAUUUGUCUUGAUUAGACACUCAGCUUAAUAAUCAAAGUAACUAGAUUAGGCUGUCAGCUUCUUCUGGGAUUCAGAUGCACUACAGUUGUGUUUCUUUAAUGUGUCACUUCAAUGUCUAAAUCAGGCGAAAAACAGAGUCAUUGUUAGUAUAAAAUGCUGAUAAUGACUUAACCCUACGAAGUGUCAACCAUGCAUUCUUGUGCAGUAGACAGGGAUUUAUUCAUGCACUUAUUCUUAAAAAGCCACUGAGUAGCAUAACGUGUAAACUAGCUGUGAUGAUAGUCUUUGCCUCUUGCAUUACUGCAACGUGACCUCUGGCGGGCUGCAGGGAGGGGCUCUGCGAUUGUACUUGUGGCCACAAAUAAAGCACAACUCAACUCUAAGCAAGCCGUUAUCGACACCCAGCUACAUCAAAUGCAUGGGGUAUUUUGAGAUUUAUGCUAAUCGCUGUGAGAUAAUUCCCAUGUUAAACUAAUUACUCUGGCUGUAAUGAAUGGACAGUGUAAAUAAAUUAGGAAUCAGAAUAGGAACAGAAUCCCUUAUUUUACAACUGCACUGUCUGCCUCAUCUGAUUAACACUAAAGAAAGUAACUUAAAAACUAAACAAACAAAACAAGAAAAAAAAGCCUGAGUAUGUAUUGUAGAAAUGUAGAAGACAAAUAAAAUAUUUUUUGAAAUGUAAUUACUUUUAAUAUAUGCUUGUGGAAGUCUAAUACUAUGUAUGCUGUCUCUGUAAUUUUUGCUGUAAAUAACUUGGGACAGUGAAUACACUGAUUUUUUCUAUGUCUCUGUUUAAGCAUAAGACUUUGUAAUGAUUUUUUUUAAAGAGGAAAAACAUCAAAGAGCAAAUUAUGUACUUGCUUCCUAUAAGUGUAAUGUACUCUUCAGUUUUUAUGGAAACUGAUUGUAAUAGAUAAAGCCUUUUGACCAGCCGUUGGUGUUCAGUGUAUAAUUCUGUUUGUAACGGGGGAAAAAAAGACAGGACUAUCAAUGAAACCUGUUCCCAGUGAGUCUGUAUAGUGAGUAUUGUAUUAAUACCUGCAGACCGUAUUUGAAUAAUAUAAUUUGAAGAAAGGUUGCUCAAGCAAAUAAUGUUUCCUUACAGCAUAUGGCUUUUAUGAACCUUCUGGCAUGGAUUAUAUUAAUAGAAACAAAUUUUUCUUUCCAAUGAGCAAAAUAUUUUUGUAUGCUUUUAAUUUCUUAUUCAAAUUUGAGGUCAGGCCACUCAUUAGCUGUAAUCUGAAGCCAUAACUGACCUUCACCAAAUACAUGUUUUAAAGAUCAUAAUAGAAAAAGAAAUUAUGUCCAGUUAAUCAACAGCUGUAAUAACACAGGCAGGAGCAUAAGUAACAUGACUUUAAUGGCUACUAUUUUAUGAUUACCGAUUUAUAAAAAAAGAAAAACAUAAUUAAAAUAGAUAUUUAGAUUUAAAUGAAACUUUCUAAUAUUUUUGAAAUAUCCCUGAAAAUGCUUCCUUGCUUUUAGGAUUAUGAGAGAAACUGAUUUUUCGUAUACUUCCAACUUUCAAAUAUCUAAUGUUUUUAUCCUAUUUCCAGUUCAUUUUGUUAGAGUGAAAUGAGAUUGUUAAGACCCAGAUCUCCAAGCCAUGAACUAUAUGGUGCUUGGUUGUAGCUACAUUGUUGUAAAUCGAUUUGAUUUGAAUUUUGGGGGAUAUUGUUUGCCACUUGAUAAGUGUGCUCACCACUGUUGGUAACGCACAAGAGUUGCAUUGCCUGUCAAGAAGUGUGUUAAAAAAAUGAUCAGCUAAAAUACGAUUCAAAAUGAAUCCCUCUCAAAAGCAGAACAAAAAUUCCUUUCUAAAAUGAAAUGUCUCAUAGAGUCAACAGUCAUUUUUUUUUUUCUGAUGCUUAAUUGUAAAAUAAUUAUGAUAUAUAUCUUAACUGGCUUGUAGAUGCAAAAAGCAAAACCACAAAUGAACCAUGGCACACUGGGUAAAAAUCUGGCUCCAUUGAAAUCAAGGGGGAAACCACCCCUGAUUUCAGUGGAGCCAGGAGUUCAUCCAGCAUUUUUACAUCUGCAGUUUUCUUCUGAUCUUUCUCCCUUGUUUAAUAUAUCUGACCUAAUUUAUGUGUAUGUGAGUAAAACUACAGCCUGAUUCAUUUAGAAAGGGAUCAUUGAGGGUUUUAUUUUUUAUCAUGAAUUUCCUAGGACCAGCAUCCCUGUCAAAUGAAAAGGUUCUAUAUUACUUUAGAAUGUAAUAGAUCUUUGUCUUAUUUUAUGUCCUGUAAAUUAUUAGUUCACUACUGUUAGCAUUCCAUAAUAAUGCACACAUGAUCUUUGAAUGUUUUCUGUAAAUGACAAUCAAUGUUGAUGAAGUUCCUUUCUUUAAUGCUGAACAAAAUUAAAAAAAAAAACUGUAUAAGAAAAUAAAA